UCUAGAAGAGCUGAAAGUUCUUGCAGAUGUCAUCAUUGGCCACACCUACCCACUGGGCUCUAUAAAAAGAGUAAGAAGCCCUGCAUUCCAUUGAAGUAUGUGGAGUGAUACUCCCUGUAUCCCUUCACUGUUCCCAAAGGCUCAUUUAAGCCAAAAGAAGUGUACCAGAAGGCACAGAUGAGAGGUUACAUAGCUCAUGAAGUGUUGCCAGAGAAACCUAAACCAUCUGAAAUUGUCAAGAGACAUGAGAGUAUGGAUUUGACCUCCACUUACAAACAUGACUCCUAUGUCUUGAGUAGCUUCAUGCCUCUCCUGUGUGAUAAGACACAUCUUCAGUGCCAAGAUGCAUAUAAGAACUACUUAGAAAGGUAUGUCUCCUUGCAGCUUCUUUCAGAACUUCACGCAAAUCUUUUUAAAUUACAGGGCCCUCCUGUAUUCACCAGAAAACCUGAUGUAUAUCUUCCUCCUCUGGAAAUAAUGGACCUUUACACCACUACUCAGAUAUAUUACAAGCACCCAAAUGGUAAGCCAGCCAAGAUGUGCCAACCUUUGGCCCACGUUAAAAAAAUUACUGAGCCAUUCAUUAGCUCUUCUGUAAUGAAAGAAGAAUAUAAGCCUUGGCUGUGCAAGAAAUUAAAACCUAUCACUCACGCUCUGGAGCUGACUUUCCUACAAAAAAAAAUAUAUUUCUUGACUACUUUUCAGACCCAUCAUGCACCUCAUUCACUCACAGUAUGCAUGGCCUAUUACAAAGACCCACCUGGUUACAUCUUUGAGGGAACUGAUGCUGAUGGUCACAGUCUCUAUAUCACUACUCCCAAGAGUGAGUGCCUGUAAAGGAAACUUAAGUAAAAAGAGAGCGGACGCAGCCUUCUUGGAAACGGGUUCAAAGAGCAGGGCCUCAGUGAGCUACAAAUGACAGUUUGAUUUUUUUUUGUAACCUUCUUUCAAACCAAUCACUGGGUUUGCAUUUAGAGAGCUCUUAAAAUAAACUUAAUUCCCUGUCAGUGACUUUUUCUGGAUCAUUUGCAUAAAUGAAGAAUACAAAAUCGAGGGAAAAGACACAUCGAUCCUUGUUUCUCUGUAUUUUUUUUUAUUUUCCCCACCUAACAUUUGGUCAUUGAUUGAAGGAGGUGUCCUGAGACACUAGUAGAGAGACUUCGUGGUAAUAUACAUCAUUAUUGGUGUAAUGGGGGUUCAGCCACAUCCAUAAAAACAGAGG